AUGUUGACGACGCCAUCGCGACUUUUCAAGUUGAUCAUUCCGUUAACAAUCGUUGGAAAUCCCGGCCAUGACAAAGAGAUCGAACCGAUAGCUAUUCUCGUCCACCCACAACAACCUCUAUCCUACCUAGAACGCCUGAUCCAGUCCGAACUCCCCCCAAUCAAAGGAGAAACAGACAAACUCCGACCACCAGCAGUAUCCUUCAUCGCACUUCAGCACGAAGACAACGCGAUUAAACCUAAAAAGAGGAUUGAAGAUGAUAUUGACCUUGAUGCACACCACCCGGACAACAUCAAUAUCAAAGAUUUCGUCCCAGGAAACGACGGUGUCGGCGGCAGUAAGCCAAUCGGCAGCAAGCCAGUCUUCCAUCGUCGUCGUACUCAGGAUGAAGAUGCAGAAACUUACAGCUACCCGCGAAAUACGGAUUCGGAAGGUUCGGAGGACGGCGAACUAGACCGGUUCGUGCGCUGGUCUCAAGCCACCGAAGUAGGCGAUUUCAUCCGCGACGCCGCUAGAGCGCGCGAGUUCAUCGUUACUAUUGAGGGUGCACCAGCGGGUCUUGGCCAGAUCCGGGUUGCAGUACCAUCAUUCAAUGAACGCACGUACUACCUGCGCAUGCGGCUGCGUAAGCUCUCGCGGCGGAUUCAAACAUUGGCGGAAAUUAAAGAGACAUGCGACGCCUUGGCGCAUCGGGGGGCUCAGCGCGUUGCGAUUGGUGGAUUUGGAAUUCUUGCCGUCUGGUGGUUCACGGUCUACAAGUUGACGUUUGAAACUGACUUGGGAUGGGAUACCAUGGAGCCGGUGACCUACUUGGUCAGUUUGUCUACUUUGAUGGGAGGUUAUCUGUGGUUCUUGUAUCACAACCGUGAGAUUUCUUACAAGUCAGCACUAGAUUUUACGAUCAGUGCCAGACAGAAGAAGCUGUAUCAACUGCACAAGGUGGACUUGCAGUUGUGGGAGUCUUUGAUUGACGAAGGGAACUCUCUUCGUUGGGAGAUCAAGAAUAUCGCUGCUGAGUAUGAUGCCGAAUGGAAUGAGCGUGCUGAUGAACAAGAUCGGCGCGUGACAGAAGUCCUCAAGUCUGAGCGCAGACAGAAGAACAACAAACAGCACAAGUCUGAUGACAAGGAUGACAAGGACGACGACUGA